AUGGAUGAUCUACUACAGGCCGGCCACGUGGUCAAGGAAAGAUGGAAGGUGCUGAAAAAGAUAGGCGGUGGCGGGUUCGGCGAAAUCUACGAGGGCCAAGAUUUGAUCACCCGGGAGCAGGUCGCACUGAAGGUCGAAUCCGCCCGGCAACCGAAACAGGUACUCAAGAUGGAGGUGGCCGUGCUGAAGAAGCUGCAAGGCAAGGAACACAUCUGUCGGUUCAUCGGGUGCGGGCGCAACGAUCGAUUCAAUUACGUGGUGAUGCAGCUGCAGGGUAAAAAUUUGGCCGAGCUGCGGCGUUCACAGGCACGCGGUGCCUUCUCACUCAGCACAACGCUGCGCAUUGGCCUCCAAAUACUGAAAUCGAUCGAAUCCAUCCAUUCGGUCGGCUUCCUUCAUCGUGAUAUCAAACCAAGUAACUUUGCCAUAGGAAGACUACCGCUCACUAGUCGUAGAAUCUACAUGCUGGACUUCGGCUUAGCUAGGCAGUACACUACCGGUACGGGUGAGGUGCGAUGUCCCCGAGCUGCGGCAGGAUUCCGCGGAACCGUAAGGUACGCUUCGUUAAACGCGCACAAAAAUCGUGAAAUGGGCCGCCAGGACGAUCUGUGGUCGUUGUUCUAUAUGCUUGUUGAGUUUGUUACCGGCCAGCUUCCAUGGCGUAAAAUUAAGGAUAAAGAGCAAGUUGGAAUGUUGAAAGAGAAAUAUGAUCAUCGUUUGCUACUCAAGCACUUGCCUUCGGAUUUCAAAUACUUCUUAGAGCAUAUUCAAUCCCUUAACUAUGCCGAUAAGCCGGACUAUGCAAUGCUGAUCUCUCUGUUCGAACGAUGCAUGAAGCGUCGUGGCGUGAAGGAAACGGACACGUUCGACUGGGAAAACAACGCCGACUACAAUGCUGGCGAAGCCAAAGCUAUCAACGCAGCUGUACCAAAGAGUGAACUAAUCAAAAAACAUAAGGAUAUCGAAAUGACCGAGGAGAAACGCAAACCAAUCAUGGAUUCGGCAAAAGUGCUCCACACGGAACCGAUCGAAUCGAUGAAACCGCAGAACGUGGUUAAUGCAGGCGGUGGUGGUGCAGCGGCAACCGCCAAGGCGGCCCUAAACCAUGCGGACCAGCACGAACCGAACGAGGCAAAGAUACAGCAGGAGACCAAAACGGACGCCGGACUUCCAGCGAUUGAGAUGGUGGUCGUGAAGGGUCUAAUAAGUUUUCCUAUUCACCAGAACGAAAUACCCUUGGUGCGGGCACACACGGAGGUUAUGACAAAGCCGGCAAAGCAUGGUAGCAACCGGUUGCGAAUACUGACCGCGCCACCGGUCAACAUCAAGGACUUCUCCUCCACGCUCGACAAGCAGCAGCAGCAGCAACAAGCGCAGCAGCAUUCGCACCAUCAGCAAUCGCAUCAUCAGUCGCAGCAGUCGCACCAUCACCAUCACCAUCCGCUGCACGCGUCCAGCGACGCGAACAAUCUGUCGAUGGAGCUGAAGUCGAAGCUGCUGAAGACGGAGGCGGACGAUCUGUCGUACGCACCGGCGGACGGCAUAUUGCGCGAUCUCGCCCAACACUGCCAGUCGGGUACGGGCGGAUCGCAGAAGCAUCACGAUCCGCUGCAGCAGCACGGCCAGCAGUCGAACGCACUGCAACGGCAAAGCCUCACGCUCGGCAAAAGCCUCCGGUCGUACGGUAGCUCGACGACCGCGACCAGCAACAAGUACGCUGGGCGGAACGAUGACAAGAGCUGCCGGGACUACUCGAUCACGCAGCACGCGAUCAUCGACGACGAUAACGCCAGCCAGCACCAGACACCCAAGUACCAGGGUGCGCUCACGUUGGCCUCGCAGUGGAAGAGCCAGUUCGACGAUUCGGACGACUCGACCGACGGUCUCUGGAAGGGUGAACAACAUUCCGAAAAUGCAUCGAAGAAAAACUACACUAACCUCAACAAGAGCAGCAUCGCCGCGACGACCGCCCAGCAGCAGUCGGCACUACCGCCCCAGCCGCCGCCGCCGCCCCCGUCCCAGCCACCCCAAACGAACGGACAGCUAAUUAUGCCAACCGGGGGCGGCGUCGGUGGUGGGGACGGUCCGCUAAACACUACCAUCCCCAUCACCACAACCACCAUUGCCGCCUCCGUCACCACCAUCACCCGGAACGGGCACGGCGAGCCGGAGAACAAUGGAGGGCCGGGCCUGCCGCCAAAGCCACCGCCACCACCGACCGAGUGUGAUGAGGGCGCCCCGGUGUUGCCGGGUGGUGAGUGUGGUGGCGGGGCGGGACCGGUUGUCGACGCGGUCAGCCUUUUACCGUGCGUCGGUGGUCAUGCGGUCGUACCACUGGACCAUCAGGACCGCCAGCGGGAGGUGGCCGAAAAGGUGGACGACGGCGCGCUGGCACCGGAAACGGAACAACAACCAGCGGAAGCGGACGAGGAACAGGAAGAGGAAGAAGGCGUGGAAGAGGAAGGCGACGAGGAAGAGGAGCGUGAAGAAGAGGAGGAAAAAGAGGACGAUGACGAAGAGGAGGGAAAGGGGGGGAAGUAUGGGGCGGGAAGCGGUGCAAACGGUGCGCCGAUGAUCGUCAGCGUCGGCAGCCUGGUGGGAGGCUUCGAGGCGGUGGCGGCGGCCGCGGCUGCAGCAGCCGUUACCGCCACACCCGUUACCGCCGGCGGGAACGCGGAACUAUCCAGUAAUCUUAAAUCUUAA